AGUCCAAAAUAGAAUUGUGAGUUCCUCCUCGAACACGAUGCUCUGAAAGCCGUAAAACAUUGUUCACCGUCGUCUUCUAGGGUUCUUUUUCUUCGUCGUCGUUCUUUAACUGUCUAGACAUUUUGAGAGUUGAGACUUAGCUUCAAAGGGUUUAUUCUAUUGCAGUCAUCUAUCUUCUAGUAUGGCUUUCUGCUCAAAACUAGGUGGUCACUUGAAACAAGGAGUUGUUCAAAACAGAAAUGUUCCAUUGACAUCAAUGCUCACUUCUCUCCGCUACAUGUCCACAAAACUUUACAUUGGUGGUCUAUCACCUGGAACUGACGAGCAGUCCUUGAAGGACGCUUUCUCUAGCUUCAGUGGAGUCACUGAGGCAAGAGUCAUGACAAACAAAGUGACUGGGAGGUCUAGAGGUUAUGGAUUUGUUAACUUCAUGAGUGAGGAUUCUGCCAAAUCUGCUAUUUCAGCUAUGGAUGGACAGGAGCUGAAUGGGUUUAACAUCCGUGUGAACGUUGCAAAAGAUUGGCCAAGUUUACCAUUGUCUCUGGAUGAGAAGAGUAUAGAAGAAGCUGAGACGAAAGGAAAUAAGAUGGUGAGCCGAUCUGUAUGGAAAGAUCCAUUCGUUGAUGCGUUCCUGAUGAAGAAGAAAAAUGCAGCUCUGACCAAGAAAAUUUGGUCGAGGAGAUCAACAAUUCUGCCAGAGUAUGUUGAUUCGUCGGUGAGAAUCUACAAUGGCAAAAGUCAUGUGCGUUGUAAGAUCACAGAGGGGAAGGUUGGGCACAAAUUCGGAGAGUUUGCGUUUACAAGAAAAGUGAAGAAGCAUGCUAAAGCAAAGUAGUUUCUUUGGGAAUGAACUGGUAACACAGCUCGAAAGGACUGUGUUGAAAAGCUAGAAACGAAUCGAGUCAAUAAAUUCUUAACAGGUAAAACUCAUUAGCUUACGACAUGAAUGUAGACGAAGUCUUUUACAAAGUCUUCAGUUUUGUUGUCGACUCUGUAUUUGUGGACCACAAAGUGCCAAAGUUUUUUUUUGGAAUUCGA